AUUGUCCAAGUCCACAUUCUAUCCCAACACAUAUCGUGUAAACUCUGGCGAAAACUCUUCCACUCUUUGAUGUUCUGAUCCAUCGGUUUGAUUAAAGAGUAUCGGCCAUGUCUCUCGCGGAUUUGCUGCUGCCUUUGUUUCUACUCGUCUUUCUCACAACAUCCCGGUCACAGUGCCCCACGAAUCCAUCCACAAUCGUGAACGACACACAGGUUCUUCUCUCUCUCCGUGACAGGCUUGGCAUCAAAGCGUGGAACGAGACCGCCAAUCCAAGAGCAUGGCGCGGUGUGGAGUGGAGCUCGGACAACCGAGUGGAGGGCCUCAAUAUGUCCAGGUUAAAUCUCUCGGGAGUUCUUCCUUCCAUCUGGGCCGAGCUUCCAUCGCUGGCUCGCUUGGACCUCUCGCAAAACGGCCUCUCCUCGCUGGAAGUCCCUGGUUGCAAGAACACGCAGCUCAAGCUCCUCAACUUGAGCUCCAAUUCUCUGCAAGAGGUCCCGGCAAACCUCUCCAGCCUCGAGAGCUUAGAAAGCCUGGACCUCAGUGCGAAUUUCUUAACAGUGCUCGGUGUUCCAAAGUUUAGCUCCACGCUGCGAUCGCUCAACCUGUCCAUCAACAACUUGAAUGGGAGCGUUUCCAUCGGUGGCAACCUGGGACUGGAGGCACUGGAGCUCUCGCACAACGGACUCAGCGGCUCCAUUCCAGAAACUUUCGGGGAGAUGACGAACUUGACGCGCCUGGACAUAUCGUUUAACAGGUUUAGAGGAGAUCUUCCAGAUAUUUGGAGCAAGAACUUGGAGCUCAGGUACUUGGAUAUCUCCAACAAUUCGCUCCAGGGUGGUUUGCCACCGAGCUUGCGAAGGCUACGCAAGCUCUCGGUUUUAAGCGCUGGAAACAACUUUCUCUCCGGGCCACUGGAGCUGGAAGAUGGCGACUUUGCGAGCAUCGAGACUUUGCACCUCUUGCGAAACAUGUUUAACGGGACGGUACCAGCGAGGGUGGGAAGCUUGACGAACUUGAGGGUGCUGGUUCUCAUGUGGAAUCGUUUCAGUGGCACUAUACCUCCGGAGCUAGGAAACUGCUCGAACAUCAGAGAGAUAUGGCUCAACGGCAAUGACUUGACUGGAACCAUCCCAGGCGAGCUCUCGAAGCUGUCGCAUCUCCAGCAGCUAGUUCUCAACGGCAACGACAUCGGUGGGGAGCUCCCUUCUGGACUCUCCAACUGCACGGAGCUGGUCGUUCUCUGGCUGGAGCAGAACAAGUUUUCUGGAAAUCUCCCGGACAGCUUUGCGAGCUUGAGCCGCCUGCUCAUUCUCUCGCUCUCCGGCAAUGAUCUCGUCGGUUCCAUCCCGGCCUCCUACGGCAAGAUGAGCUCGCUGAUCGGCCUCGACGUUGGAUCGAACAACCUCUCUGGAGAAGUUCCGGCCAUGCUGCAAAACGUCUCGACUUUGCAGUUCCUCUUCCUCUCAGACAACAGCUUCAGCGGCUCCAUCCCGGACUGGCUCCCCCGGCUCAGGAACUUACGAGCCAUGGACUUCUCGCUUAACAGGUUCUCGGGCAAGAUACCGGCAAGCAUCGGCCGACUGUUCGCCAACGUCCAGCUCUACAACAUGAGCACCACCACCCCGCUGGUUCACGCGCAAAGCCUCGUCUACACCGGCUUCGCCUUCCCGACAACCAUAGACUUCUCCUCCAACCAGCUGAGUGGAAGCAUUCCGGCGGCCAUCGGCGACCUCUACAAUCUCCAGGUGCUGGACCUGAGCCACAACCGGCUAAUCGGUCCCAUUCCCGAGUCCCUGGGAAACGCAAGGAAUCUCUCCAGGGUGGCGCUCGCGAGCAAUCGUCUCAAUGGCUCCAUACCAACGUCCGUGGCGGACCUCUCGUUUCUCACCGUCUUCGACGUCUCCAACAACAGCCUGGUGGGACGGAUACCUGACAGCCCGCAACUCUCGUCCAUGGACGCGGCUCUCUUCGCGGGAAACCAGCUCUGUGGCUUGCCACUGAUCAACACCUGUUCGAGCACUGCUCCGCCGCAUAGGCCUAGAAGAGACGGACAAGGUGGUAGCGAACAGGACCAAGGAGGUGUGACAACACUUGUCAGCGUCGCCAUCUUCGUGGCAGCCUUCUUCUACGCGCUCUUCUGGACUUUCCUAUGUACUUUGCAGCAACCCUGUAUAAUCUUGAGCCCCGCGCUCCGAUAGAUGCUCGCCAUCAGAACGUACGCAGCCAGAGUCUUUCUCGUUGAUCUUCGUCAGUGCCUCGAACGCAAUCCUCCCCAUUUCCACGUUCUUCCACUUACGGCAGGCCCCGACGACGCUCCUCCAAACCAUAGCGUCCGCUCUCAAAGGCAUGGUCUCGAGGACUUUCACGGCCACUUCCAGUCGGUUUGCAAGCCCGAAGAGAUCCACCAAGCUGCUGUAGUGAUGAAUUCUGCAAACAAUCUAUUGCCUGGAUAACUCCCUGCCUCGUUCAACCAGGCCGCCGUGGCUGCAAGCAGUGAUGACCGAGACAAACGUGAUCGCGUUUGCUCCCACGCCAUCUUCUCGCAUCUCGCGAAAGGCUUCGAACACGAGCGACGCGUCGCCCUGUUGGCCGAUUCCUGUGAUCAGUGCAUUCCAGGCGACGAUAUCUCGGACUGCCAGAGAUCCAAACAACUGCUCGGCCGCCUCCGCACUAACCGUAGAAGUUUACCAUGCACGUCCCCACAACUUGGUUGUCUUCCAGCCCACGCCUGUAAAGCUCAGCCUGGAUUUUCCUGGACCCAACGUUCCCACAGGCCGUAAGUCCCGCUACAAGAGUCCGAGUGUUUGGAGCACAGUCCAUGCUCUCCAAGAGUUCCAGCCCGAGCUCACUCUCACAUCAAGCUCGUCCAAACGACAACGUCCCGGCUACGCAUGCCUUUGAAAACUGCUCGAGC